CCGAUGCAACUUCGGGUGAAAACGACGAAGAUUCAAGAAUGUCCAUGGAAAGCUUCGAGAUCGAAUCAAGGCCAGAAAGUGUGAGGCAGAAGAGGAAGAAGGUCAAGAGAUAAUGACAGUUAUUAUUAGCCCCUGCCGCCAGAACAGGACUUCUGAGACAGAAAGGCUCGGAAUAUUAAUCCCGCAUGGAUAGCUUAGAAAGCAGUCAUACCGUGAACAAGAGCGGUGUCACCGAAAUCAUUGCCGGGAAACUCGUCAAGAGACUGAUGGGCAACGCGUCCGGUGCUCUUGGCUGCAUCGUCCUGCCUUCCCUGGAAUGCUCCAGUGCUCAAGUGAGCUCCGCUCGGUUGAAGGGUCUCGACAAGUUCAAACUGCACCCAGAUGCACCUGUUCGCGUUGUCUUCACGGAGCGACACAUGCUACUUAGCGUUCCGCUUCAGGUCAAAAAUGCCAAGUUCACGGGAAAAUACAUGAAGCUGCGGAAGCCUGCUCUUGUUCAAGGAAAGUUUUCUGGUCGUUUGAGAAAUCUCCGUAUAGACGCUCAGAUUGCUAUUGGUGGGAACCAUCCUAAACUCAAAGCUCUUGACGUACUGAAGCUGGAGGGAUUGGAACUCAUUUCUGCCAAAGGGAUGACAUUACUUUUGAACUGGUUUCUGCUGGACCUAAUUGAUGACUUCAUCAACAAAAAUCAGAAUCUACUUUUUCAGACCAUCAGAGAAGCUUUAUGGACCGCUUUUGCCAAGCACAUGAUGAAUGUAUUGCCAUUGUUGGAUGUACAGUACCUAUGCAGAAAACAAAAAUCACGUGAUCUAAAGCAAGCUCAUCAGAAAGGAUGAAGAUGUUAUCCCCUUUACAUAAAACAUGGAAGUCUUAACACUAUAGGAAAAUUUACUGGAAACGCCGCAUGUUGCAUCAUGGCUACAACAAUCUUACUGCAUGCGUUAGCUCUUUAAAGGCACUGCCAAAUUACUGUACAAAUGUAUUCUCGCUUUUAACCUAAAGGGAAGAAAAAUGCCAAUGACAGCUAAUAAAAAAUGUUGACAGGC